GUAGGCUGUGAAUUAAAACCUGAACAUGCUGAACCUAUAAAAGUCAGAUGUGCAAGAUUCAAUCUAAUUAAAACAUUACCAAGAGACUUUGGUUUGCUUGAAGAAAAUGAAAUUGCAAAUUGCAUGAAAUACUUCACAACAAAGUUUGGUUUAGAUGCUACAACUAAAAGCUUCCAAGAACAAUGGCCAAAUACUAAAGUUGCAUGGGGCAGCAGAUGGAAAAUGUCAGGAGAAUGUGACCAUAAAAACUUUACUAUUGAUAAGGAUACUUACUUACAUUGCUGUAAAUGCAACACUGAACAAAAAAAGGAGGAGCCUAUAAAGCCACAAGAAUAUGAAGAUAUAAGUGAGCCUAGUACUCCCAUGGAAGCACAACUAUCUGAAGAUGAACUAAAAACACACAUCUCCACUUCAAUAAAUGAUCUACUGAAAAGUAUUGGAGCAGAAGAAGAACAAGACUCAGACGAGGAAAAAUCUACUUCUGCAGUAAACCUAAUAUCUCAACCAUUUCCUGUUACACAGGUGGCACCAACAGCAGUAAGAAAACCAACUGUACUAACCUUUGAGGAUGAAUUUGAUUGGGAUGCUCUAUUUGAGUCCUGCCAGUUCUACAUAGACCACGGCAAGGAUAUACAUUAUCUGGUUACAACUAUUUGGGACCUAGAAAUACACUGCUUGGACAAAAAGCAACUAAUCCACAUGAUGAAGCAGCAAUAAAGCAUGAUGAAGGCUAUGAGGAAUUACAAAAACAAGGAAUAAGCCCCUAUUUAAAUCACAAUAAAUAUGAUGAACAAUUAAUUAAAGACACAGAAAAGGCUACUGACUUGGGUGGAAUUAUAGUAAAUAAAGUAUUUACAACCAAAGAUUACUUCACUUGCUGGCAAAAGGAAAACCCCUGGAAGAAGAACAUUUUUUAGAAAUAAAGGAGCUAACUCAAAAAUGAGAAGAACAACUGAAGAACAACAAGAAGAACGAGCAGGACCAUCAAACCAACAAAACGAAAUGGCUGAACAACCAGGUGUGGAUGCCAACGCCGGGGGCGCUCUAAAUGGAGCUGGGGGUGGGGGUGGUGGUUUCGGAGUAGGAGUAAGCACAGGAAACUAUGAUAAUAGAACUGAAUAUAAAUUCUUAGAAGGAGGGGAAUGUAUUAUAACUUGCUUUGCUAGCAGACAUAUUCACUUAGACAUGCCUGAUACUGAACAAUAUACAACACAAUAUAUGCUUAGCUCUAACCAAGAAUUAGGAAAUGCCCCAUUCACACUGCAACAUGACCAAUCACACCAACAAGUCACAACUCCCUGGAAUUACAUAGACUGUAACAAUUGGGGAAUAUGGCUUUCACCUGCAGAUAUGCAACACAUAGCAAACACAUUUACUAACUUAGAAGUAUUAGAUUUAGAACAAGACAUAUUUAACAUAACUAUUAAAACAGUAACAGUAACAGGUACAGGAGCAACAGAAACCAAACAAUUCAACAAUGACCUAACAGCAACUUUACAAAUAGCAAUAGACUCAAAUAACAUACUUCCUUUUAUUGCAAAUGGCAUGCCACUCAAAGGACUAGGCUAUUAUCCAUGGAAAGCACAGAAACUACCAAUGUAUUCAUACUACACAUCAUUUGGAGCAAUACCAACAGCAGGAUCAUUUCCAACACAUCAAGGACCUCAAGGCACUCCAUUCAACAUUAACCAAUACAUUAGUUACAAAACGUUCAUGUUUAUGACAAUUGAAAACACAUUACCAAUAGAAAUGUUAAGAACUGGAGAUGAAUGGAAUGCCGGAAAAUAUACAUUUGACAGUAAACCUUACAGACUAGGAAGAGCAUUGCAAACACAAAGACACAUGGGACUUCCACCAAUAAAUACUAAAGCAACACGAGACCACUCACAAGCUACAAUAGAGCAAUACAACCAGUAUGGUUAUAGUGGACAAUUAGGAAAUAAUUUAAUAGAAGCAACAAGACUAAGACCUUACAACAUAGGUUUUGAGUUUCCAGAUGGAAUAGUGCUAACGGCAGCUAGCGGACCAGCAUUAGCUAAAACAGUAACUGGAACACAAUUUAAUUCAACAUUCAAUGACAGUCCAAUUAGAGUUAUCUUUGAUUACAACCAUGGAGCAGAUGGUCAAAAAGAUAGAUAUACUCUUUGGAAUUCAGAAGACAUUCAAGGAACAUGUCAAGCACAAAACUACCAAAUUAAAGAUGGUAUCAUGGACCAUGAUCACAAUGCAACAGAACCAUACAUAACUGUAAAUUAUGCGGAAAACACAUACCAACCAAAUGUUUGUACUGAUUACUUCAGUUUACACUAUCCAGAUGGUCAAAUAUGGGAGAAAACACCAAGUACUGACCUGAAAGAAGAAAGCUAUACAGCAACAUUCCAAGUUAGAGACAAUCCUCCAGGAAAAAUAUUCCUAAAACUAACAGAAAACCUUACUGAUAGUUACACACCUGGAGGAGCAUACUCUAGAAUAAUUACAUAUGCAACAUUCUUCUGGAAAGGUAAACUUACUUUCAAAGCUAAGCUAAGAACCCCAAGAUCAUUUAACAGAACUUAUGUUAAUUGCCCUGAUGCAACUGACUGGAAUAUAUUUAUGAGAGAUGAAGGAAUAGCUACUGAAAGUGGUAAAAUGAGAAUUGUUGACAAACCUGUAAGAACUGUACCAACUAUGAUAUACUAAAGAAACAAAUGUAACCAAAACAAUAUAUAAAAUGUACCAAACUAACCAAUGUAACUAACAUAAACCAA